ACCGCAAGUUCCUCAUUGCCAACGCGCAGAUGGAGAACUGCGCCAUCAUCUACUGCAACGACGGCUUCUGCGAGAUGUUCGGCUACUCGCGCGUGGAGGUGAUGCAGCAGCCCUGCACCUGCGACUUCCUCACGGGCCCCGACACCACCAAGAGCUCCAUUGCCCAGCUCACCCAGGCCCUGCUGGGCUCCGAGGAGUGCAAGCUGGAGAUCCUCUACUACCGCAAAGACACAUCGUGUUUCCGCUGCCUGGUGGAUGUGGUGCCUGUGAAGAACGAGGAAGGCGUCGUCAUCAUGUUCAUCCUCAACUUCGAGGAUCUGGCCCAGCUGAUCGCCAAGAGCACCGGGCGGAGCCUGCACCAGCGCCUGUCGCACAGCUGGAACAAAGGUGAAGGUAGGAGUUUGAAGUUUAGUCUCCCGUCCCUGCGGCGCCUCAAAAUCCAGCGGAAAUCUCUGCCCACCAGUGAGUUUGAUGGAGUAGCCAUUGACUAUGGAAAGCCUGGUGGUGACUCCCUGAUUUUGAGGGACUUGAAGACAUCGCCCAAGGAAAACUGUAUGCAGUCAGAGACCGAAUCCCUCCUGGAAAAGGAGCGGAGGCCGAGCCUGGAGGCCGACCCCACCCUACAACACUCGUCCCCGAAACAAGAGCCUCCCGUGCUGGGCCCUCACCCCGCAUGGGGUUUCUUUCGGUCUCGCCCCGGGGGCAGCUUCCACAGCCUCCGCAGGGUCUCCUCCUUGGACAACUUUGAGGCUGCGAGGUCUGAGUUCCAGAGAAAAUUCAGGGAAAGGAGGGCAAACUCAGAAGCUUCCCACGUCAAACCCAACCCCCCGAACUCCACGUCGGACUCGGACCUCAUGAAGUACAGGACCAUCAGCCAGAUCCCCCAGUUCACGCUCAACUUCGUGGAGUUCAACCUGGAGAAGCACCGCUCGGGCUCCACCACGGAGAUCGAGAUAAUCGCUCCCCACAAGGUGAUGGAGCGCACCCAGAACGUCACCGAGAAGGUCACACAGGUGCUGUCCCUGGGCGCUGACGUCCUGCCCGAGUACAAGCUGCAGGCGCCGCGCAUCCACCGAUGGACCAUCCUGCACUACAGCCCCUUCAAGGCCGUGUGGGACUGGCUCAUCCUCCUGCUGGUCAUCUACACAGCCGUCUUCACCCCCUACUCAGCCGCCUUCCUGCUCAACGAGGAGCAGGUGGAGGAGAAGCGCUGGGACUGCAGCUACUCCUGCGACCCGCUCAACAUCAUUGACCUCAUCGUGGACAUCAUGUUCAUCGUGGACAUUGUCAUCAACUUCCGCACCACCUACGUCAACAUCAACGACGAGGUGGUGAGCCACCCCGGCAAGAUCGCCAUCCAUUACUUCAAGGGGUGGUUCCUCAUCGACAUGGUGGCUGCCAUCCCCUUCGACCUGCUCAUCUUCCGCUCCGGCUCUGAUGAGACCACCACCCUCAUUGGCCUCCUGAAGACGGCCCGGCUGCUGCGGCUGGUGCGGGUGGCGCGGAAGCUGGACCGCUACUCGGAGUACGGGGCAGCCGUGCUCUUCCUGCUCAUGUGCACCUUCGCCCUCAUCGCCCACUGGCUGGCCUGCAUCUGGUAUGCCAUUGGCAACGUGGAGAGGCCCUACAUGGAGCACAAGAUCGGCUGGCUGGACAACCUGGGCGACCAGAUUGGCAAGCGCUACAACGACAGCGACCUCUCCUCUGGCCCAUCCAUCAAGGAUAAAUAUGUCACUGCCCUCUACUUCACCUUCAGCAGCCUCACCAGCGUGGGCUUCGGCAACGUGUCCCCCAACACCAACUCCGAGAAGAUCUUCUCCAUCUGUGUCAUGCUCAUUGGCUCUCUGAUGUACGCCAGUAUCUUCGGCAACGUCUCAGCCAUCAUCCAGCGCCUCUACUCAGGCACGGCACGCUACCACACGCAGAUGCUGCGGGUCAAGGAGUUCAUCCGCUUCCACCAGAUCCCCAACCCCCUGCGCCAGCGCCUGGAGGAGUAUUUCCAGCACGCCUGGUCCUACACCAACGGCAUCGACAUGAACGCGGUGCUGAAGGGCUUCCCUGACUGCCUGCAGGCCGACAUCUGCCUGCACCUGAACCGCACGCUGCUGCAGAACUGCAAAGCGUUCCGGGGCGCCAGCAAGGGCUGCCUGCGCGCCCUGGCCAUGAAGUUCAAGACCACUCAUGCCCCUCCUGGUGACACCCUGGUGCACUACGGAGAUGUGCUCACCACCCUCUACUUCAUCUCCCGCGGCUCCAUUGAGAUCCUCAGGGAAGACAUUGUGGUGGCCAUCUUAGGGAAGAACGACAUCUUUGGGGAGCCCAUCAGCCUCUACGCCCGCCCAGGGAAGUCCAACGCCGACGUGAGGGCCCUGACCUACUGUGACCUGCACAAGAUCCAGCGUGAGGACCUGCUGGAGGUCUUGGACAUGUACCCAGCCUUCUCUGACAACUUCUGGAGCAACCUAGAGAUCACCUUCAACCUGCGAGAUGCAGACAGCGUUCCCCGCUCACCCCUCAGCGAGGAGUACGACUGCACCUACCGCCGGGCUCGCCGCCGCAAGCACUCCCCGUGCCAGCCCCACAAGCCUGCCACUCCCCUGGACAUUCCCAACAUGUUCAGCUUCUGGGAGGACCGGCAGGCAGCCCACCCUGCAGAGCCCCUGCAGCACAUCUCGCUGGUGCACAGCUCGCGGGACGUGCCCCUGCACAGCGACUGCAGGCCCGGGCACAUCGAGUCCAGGCUGGAGCUCCUGCAGGCCCAGCUCAGCAGGCUGGAGUCCAGGAUGUCGUCAGACAUUCAUGUAAUCCUGCAGCUCCUGCAGCGCCAGCUGUCCCAAGUGCCGCCCGCCUACAGCCCCAUCUCGCCCAGCUCCCAGAGCCUGGCCAUGUACGGCAUCGUCCCGCGGAGCCUGGAGCCGCUCGCCCCCUGUGCAACGCUGCAGGACCAGGAGCUGCCCACCCAGGAGCAGAGCCCAAGCUACACGGAGGUAGAAAAGUUCCACUUGAAAUCCAGGGACUCCUUGUCAAGCGGGAUGCAGCUGUCUGCGUCAUCCGACAAAACCCUGACCGUCUACUCCGAGCAGGAGCACCACUCGCCACCUCUGCCCAGCCCAGAGCCUCCCCACCAAAGGGCACCAAGCACCCAGGGACUCUCGCGGGGCUCUCGUUUCCCUUCCCUCCCCGAGCACUUGGAGGCAUCUUCCGAGCACCAGGACAUUCAGAGACACCUCUCCGACCCCGUGCUUCCUGCAAGUUAGAGACGUGGGGGCCAGUCAAGAGGAACCUCAACUGCAAGCCCGGCCAGUUGAUGUUGAUUUUGACUGCAAGGGUAAGACAUUGGACAAUGCCAUUGGCUCAGGGGUAUAAUUUGUAGCUGUCUUCUGCCACCGUGACGGGAAGGGUACAAGUGGCUGGCUUCCGAGGUCAACGUUUUCCAGCGGUUCCCAUAGAGUAGAUUUCAUUUGCACAUUAGAGAGAACCUAGAACAGUUCUUACAGCCACCACCGAGCUGGUUAGGCCGCGUGGUUCCCACCGCCUCCUCCUUGCCAAGGCUUCUUCUCGAGAAGGGCACAAGCCAAGCGAGCCACAGCAGCCACAGGAGAGCAAAUCCAGGGCUCUGCCAGGCUGCUGUGCUGGAAACCUCUGGAGCAGGGACCACUGACAGGGACCCUUAAAGAAGGGUGGUCACCAGGGGAGGAGUGUGAGAUCUCCACGGUGUGGUCCAGGGCAAACUGCAGGUGGCAAGCCCAGGACAAGGACAGAGGACAGAAGCUUGUCCUACUUGAUUGCCACUGAGAAGUGAAGGGCCAGCAGCCCGUGCCACCUCAGCCUGCUUCAGCACGAGUCCCAGAGCACUGACUUCUCCAGCAAGGCUGAUCACACCUUGCAAACCCCAACACGCAUCCCACGGCUCCCCGGGUAAAUCCAGCUCGUCACCGGACUGGACAUAAAGCACAAAAUUCAAAAGCACAAUCCCAGAAAGCUGAAAAGCCCCGUGUCCAGUCCUCAAUCCCAGGCUCUCUCUUUUGAUAAGGGUUCCAUAGGUGCUUCCCCCUGCCCACCCUUCUCUCCGCAGAGGCCGUAGGAGAAGCCCACGUAGCGCUGCCGCCUUGCCGCUCGCUCGGGUAAAUGCUGUGAUAGUCCUAGGCCGCCAGCUCAACUAAUGUAUCGAGCUCCCUCCGAGAGUAGUCAAACUGUGAGCAGCUCUUUCUCCGGAGUUUUAGUGUACACUUUGCUAAUAAAGAUGUUUUUGGCACCUAA